AUGGCAUCUCGCCGCCUCCGCUCCUACGCCGAGCUCAACCCGUGCGUCGGCCUCGGCGCGCUGGCAUUAGCAUCAUCGGGUGUAUGCUCGCUACAAGGCAUGCCGCCGCUGCCCGAUCUCAAGCACCUGUACCUCUCCGACAACGCGCUGACCUCGCUCGCCGGUCUCGGUGUCCAGCCGGUGCUGGAGGAGUUGGACGUCUCAGGCAACGAGCUGACGUCGCUAGCCGGCGCCCGCCCGCAGCCGCGGCUCAAGUCGGUCCUGCUGGCUCGCAACCCCAUCGCUUCCCAUGUCCACUUCCGGACCAUGACUCUGCUGGCCUUUGGCUGGCAGCUGCGGUCCAUCGAUGGCAUCCCGGUGACGGCCGCAGAGCGCCGCGCCGCAAAGGGCCUGGCCGCGCCUGCGCCGGGCCUGCUUGUCGACCUCAUCUCUGCCGGCUGGCUCCUCGAUCUCAAGCCACGGACCAAGGCCGAGAUGCGCGCUCUUCUCGACGAUAUUCUCUCCGGACGGUCCCAAGACGAGGUUCCGGUCCCGAUCCUGCCUCUCGAAGCUGCACUGGUGCACUCGGUCGCAGGAUCGCUCGUCGCCCGUCCGCCGUCGGCCGAUCCCAUCCCCUACUCGUGGUCUGGCCCCGGCUACCAUAUUCCCAUCGACAACGGCAUGUUUUUGGACCUCUCCCUCGGCCCACCGCCGCCCACAUCAUCCUCCCGCACCCCCGAUGAGCAGUAAACCGCCCGUCCCAC